AUGAAACUGGAAAGAUUUCCUGGCUGGUUGAAGGCUGUGACCUGUGGGCUCCUGCUUCUCUUCCUGCAUGUACAAGGCCAGGACUCAGCCAGCCCCAUCAGGAACACACACACAGGCCAGGUUAGAGGAAGCCUCGUCAAGGUGAAAAACACGGAAGUUGGUGUCCACAGAUUCCUGGGAAUCCCCUUUGCCAAGCCACCUGUAGGACCAUUGCGUUUUGCACCCCCUGAAGCCCCUGAGCCGUGGAGUGGUGUGAGAGAUGGGACCUCCUAUCCAGCCAUGUGUCCACAAAAUGAUGAUAUGAUGAAUUCAGGGGUUUUGAAGAUGAUAAAACACUUCAUGCCUCCUAUCCCUAUGUCCGAGGACUGCCUGUAUCUCAACAUCUACACACCAGCGCAUGCCCGUGAGGGCUCUAACCUGCCUGUGAUGGUGUGGAUCCAUGGUGGUGCUCUGGUUAUAGGCAUGGCUUCUAUGACUGAUGGGUCCAUACUGGCAGCCACUGAGGAUGUGGUGGUGGUCACUAUCCAGUACCGCCUGGGUGUCCUGGGCUUCUUCAGCACUGGAGACCAGCACGCCAGAGGCAACUGGGGCUACCUGGACCAAGUGGCCGCCCUGCGCUGGGUCCAGCAGAACAUCGCCCACUUUGGAGGCAACCCUGACCUUGUCACAAUCUUUGGCGAGUCAGCAGGUGGCGCAAGUGUGUCUUCACAGGUUGUGUCCCCCCUGUCCAAAGGACUCUUCCACAGAGCCAUCAUGCAGAGUGGAGUAGCCGUGUUGCCUGGCCUCAUCUCCAGCUCCUCUGAGGUGGUUUAUGGAAUUGUGGCCAAUCUAUCUGAUUGUGCAGCUGUGGACACAGAGACCCUAGUGCGCUGUCUACGGGGCAAGAGUGAAGCAGAGAUUCUGGCUAUUAACAAGGUCUUCAAGGUCAUCCCCGCAGUGGUGGAUGGAGAGUUCUUCCCCAGGCACCCUGAGGAGCUCUUGGCCUCUGCUGAUUUUCACCCUGUCCCCAGCAUCAUUGGUGUCAACAAUGAUGAGUAUGGUUGGCUUCUCCCUAUGGUGAGGCUCAGUUCUGAUCUCCUGGAUAAAAUGAAGGGAAUAACCAAACAAACCCUGCCUGCUGUUCUCAAGAGCACAACACCACAGAUGAUGUUGCCUCCCGAGUGUAGUGAACUGAUAAUGGAAGAGUACAUGGGGGACACGGAGGACCCACAGACCCUCCAAAUACAGUACGCAGAGAUGAUGGGAGACGUCACAUUUGUGGUCCCUGCACUUCAAGUAGCUCAUUUUCAGCGUUCCCAUGCUCCUGUCUACUUCUAUGAGUUCCAGCAUCGGCCCGGCUUCUUCAAGGAUAUCAAACCACCCCACGUAAAGGCUGACCAUGGUGAUGAGGUUCUUUUUGUCUUUGGGUCCUUCUUCUGGGGUGUGAAAAUUGACCUCACUGAGGAGGAAGAGCUACUGAACAGGAGGAUGAUGAAAUACUGGGCCAACUUUGCAAGACACGGGAACCCCAACAGCGAGGAUCUACCCUACUGGCCCAUGAUGGACAAUAAUGAGCAGUACCUGCAGCUGGACAUCCGGCCUGCUGUGGGCCGAGCCCUGAAGGCCAGAAGGCUGCAGUUCUGGACCCAGACUCUGCCCCAGAAGAUCCAGGAGCUAAAGGGGGCUCAGGAGAGGCACAAAGAGUUGUAG